GCAAAAGAGAGCGAGAGUAAGCGCGUGUGUGUUCCGGUGAGAAGGGAAAUAAAAAAGACAGGAGACCGGGGCAGUCAGCUCAAAGCGGCAAGCAGCACCGAGCCAUGGAGGGCGACGUGCGUGUCCGAGCAGUGGUAAUGACACGUGACGAUUCUAGUGGUGGCUGGGUGCCCCUUGGAGGUGGAGGCCUUAGCCACGUUGUCAUCUGUAAAGGGAGGAGUUCUGAAAGCCAAGGGCAGAAGGAAUAUGUCAUACGUGGAGAGCGGCUGCGCGAUCGAGCACCCGUGCUUGAAUGUCCCAUUCAAAAGGGUCUGAUCUACAACAAGGUGAACCCCAUCUUCCAUCACUGGCGUGUGGAGGAGAGGAAGUUUGGCCUAACCUUCCAGAGUCCAGCCGAUGCCAUUUCUUUUGAGAAGGGCCUUCAAAUUGUCCUUGACAAGCUGGACAAAGGCUUUGACUCUCCUUCUUCCUCCACACCAGAAGAAGGGGACACUGAAGAUGAUGGUCAAGCAUCUCACACAGGCAGUGAGUCGUCCUCCAACAGCAGAAAGGAAAUGUUACCCAAGCCUAUAACCAUUGUGACAAGCGAGUCCUCCUCCACUUGCUUUGUCCGCUCUGCAGCAGAAGAGUUUGGGUAUGGGGAAGGGCACGCUGUCACUUCUCAGACCCCUGCCCAGGUCCAUAGGCGAUCAUGCCAGCACCAGAUUUCUCAAGUAUCUGCUGUGUUGAACCCACCAGCGCCUCCUCCCCCUCCUCCUGCUCCCCCAACCUCACCUUUGGCACCCCCUGCCUCCUCGCCCUUGUCCCCACUCUCUCCUACUAUGUCCUUGCUGGAAGAAGGUGACCUACGCAGUAUUGAUCCAUGCAAGGAUUUAUGGGGCUCACGAGGUUAUGAGGACUACAGACGUGCCGGGGCCACACGGACCAAAGUAGGGGGUCUGACAGGAGGAGUCAUGGUAGGAAGUGGGCCAGACAAGUCAGAGCUGUGUGUAGUGCACUUUGAAAAAGAACUGGCAGCUGUGGGAACUACAGGCUGUGAGGUCACUGUUAUGCUGGACACCAAAGGCUCUCGGCGCCACUCCUCCUCACCCACCUGUAUGCCUAAUGCUAUGCCUGGAGCAUCUCCUGCAAGUGGCUCUCCUCAGGAGACAGGCAAAAGUUCACCCUCACCAUGCUGCAUCCAUACUUCACUUGCCACACCCCGUUCUCGGACUCGUAAGAGAGGGGGCAGUGGGACCAGUGGGGGUGGAGAUACCAUCUCACCUGAUGAUGACAGCCCAUGUCCACAAGGGUCAUCCUCCUGCUCAUCACGUUGUGUGUACUGUCGCUCGGUCUUUAGUGCCUCAGAGAAUGGACGUGGCCGCUGCCAGGAUGCUCCAGAUCCAGCUCUACACUGCUUACGCCAGUGGACAUGUGUAUGGUGUGCUGAGAGCCUGCUCUACCACUGCAUGUCAGACUCUGAAGGUGAGUUCUGGGAGCCUUGUUCAUGUGAAGACUCUCUGGGACGCAGGCCACACCCACUCUGCUGUGCCGGCUGGAUGGUACUACUGGCACUGUCACUUUUUGUGCCCUGCAUGUGCUGCUACCUGCCCCUGCGAGCAUGCCUGCGCUGUGGGGAGAGAUGCGGCUGCUGUGGUGGAAAGCACAAGGCUGUGCGGUGAGACCUGGCUUUAGGAGGUUUUGAGGCCAGGAAGAGGUUGUUGUGAUGGCAGGAGAGGGAAGGGAGAACACCAAAUUUUUUUCAUUUAAAGAAUAGCUGUAGAGCAAGACCUCUUAAACUAUAAUUAAAAAGUCUCCUUUCCCCCACAAUCCUCUGCUGCAUUCCGUUUAUAUGCUACCAGGACCCUUAAUGGUGGUGCCAACACACAAUGCACUAACAGGUUUGCAUUGUGCACUUCAGAGAAACACAAAGAUGCAGGAAGAUGGCUCCUACCGCCAGCUUCUCUCAUCUCUGACUGACUGUUGUUGAGGCUUACAGACGGUGGACACUGAAAACACCAAUGUGUAAAGCUAAGUUAGAUUAUUUUUUUGUUUCAUUUUUUAGGAAGAUAAUACAAGACAAAAUGUAUAAUAUCUUACUUUCCUUAACAUUGAAAGGUUUUUGUUUUAUGUAUAAUUCAUUAACAUCCCCCCCCCCCCCCUUUUUUUUAACAGAGUUUUGCCUCAAUGUUCCAGGCAGCAUAGAGGAAAGGAAAAAAAAGUAUAUAUAGAGAAAAAGCAGCCAAAAUUACAAAGCCAUUGGCAUACAGUAGCAUAUUGAGUGGUCAGUGUGUUUUUGGAGCUGUUUCAGAUAAGGACAUGUUAGAGUACACUGGUCAGGAAAUUUUUUUAUUUGAUUUUACAGUAGGUGCUUAUGGGGCGAUCACUAAAAUUGCAAUGCACAAAAACACACUACUCAGAAAAGAAGUGAUACCAUAUUUUACUGUUGGAAACCAAACCUAUAUUGCAACUGCAAAAAAUAACAACAUUACAGAUAUCAACACUGGCCCUGAUGUGCAGAUUACAAAUUUAGUGUAAUUAAUAACAAAUGAAAAGUUCUUUUUUAUUAAGACUCUGCUGUAGAGUAUAAGGGGGCCAGAAAAAAUAAAAGUCUCUCAAAAAGGACAGGAAAUAUUACUGAAAAAGUUGAAGGUGAAAAUGGCUUAUGGUGUAGAAUCAAACAGUCUAAUCUGUUCAGUCUGAUGAGUAUGAAGUCUGUAUCUGCAUAUGAAGAAUCGAUUUGUUUAAUGUAAUGGUGUACACAGAAUCACACAGGAGUUGUUUGGCCACUUUUAUUGCCAUUCUGUACUAUCUCACUAAUUUGUCACUGUAAUCAAUUGCAAAGUGACCUUUUUAGAGAACAACAUAAUAUAUUAUAUUAAGCUGACUAUCCGAUCUAUUAAACCAAAACAGUUUUGCAGUGAUUAUUCCAGCAUGAUCUUACAUUAUAUUCAAAUAUAAAUGUUAUUUUAUAUAAACUUUUACCAUUCUAAAUGAUUAGUAUGAACCUUGGUCUUUUUGCAAAUGAAUACAAUGUACAAAAAUGAUAUUCAUAGUAAAUAAUUUAGAUAAAUCAGAUCAAACACUGCCUGUGAUCUCAGACUGAACCUCAUAGCUUUUAUUGUAUAUCUGAUGGGACAUGGCUUUACAAUAUUUGUCUACAAGCUGCUAUUUUAUUACCCUCCCCAACAUAUAUUUUUUAAACCCUUCUGCUGCAGAACAUCACAAAAACCCCGAUCACAGAUUUUAGUGAACUAUCGGAGCGAUAGCAACCUAUACUGUGUAGGUAUUUUAAUAUGGCACUGGAGGCAAUGCUAAAAUAUUACCCACUUUUCAGUAAAAAUAAAUAAAUCUUAAUUGGAAGCACUUUAUAGAUUAAGUAACAUUCUUGGAGUGUAAUAGAUACAGGAAAAGUGUCAUAAAACACAUGCCCUGCUACUAACACUUUUCCCUAUACUAGUAGUAGACCAUUAUUAGUCUCACCAGUAUCUAGUCCUUGAGCUUUCCUUGUUGAGUUUGCCCUUCAAUGCCCCAUUCAUUCAUCUUGAUAAAUGUGCCUUUUGAUUUAAUUAAUCAAUAACAUAGUUUUAAAGUAACUAUGUACACAAGUACUUACUUUUUUGGGUCAUUUAUUUCAGCCAAUGUGCAUAUUUUAAUAUGUAUUGAAAAAUCAUUAAUGAGAAAAAAAAAUAUUUAUUUAAUGAGAUAUUUAUUCUAAUUAUUUUUGGAGACAGG